CUGAUCCCACUCAACUUGGGACGACGCAGAAGGCGUUUGAAGCUUAUGGAACAACGUCAAACCCGAGCCAAGGACAAUGUUAACUCAAAGUGAACUCAAGUUAAAUACCAAUUGACCGAAUCUUACGGAACCAAAUUCAACAUGGCGACUCGGGAGGAGGAACUUCAAAAGAAGAGGGAGGAGGCGGAGCGCAAGGCCCGACGAGGAGAGAUCGAUCCCACCCAUGAGUUCACCAUUCAAAUCAUCGCCCAAUUGAGCGGGCUUUUGCGUCACGAGAUCAUGGACUUUAUGUUCUCCAACCCGACCAUGUUGGAUGAUUUGGACUUCCUCUACAAAUCCGAUUCGGCCAGGAAGCUCAUGUUCUACUACCAGGACGAGGAGGUCAAAUUGGAACAGACGGAUGAAGCGGCCGCGAAGGCCAAAAAGGGGGGCAAACGCAAAGGCAAAGAGCCCAAAGAGGCCAAAGAACAAGUGAUAACGAAGAAGAUCCUUGCCGUUCAAGAUGGAACAGAGUUGGGGCUCACGGGCAUCGGAAUUUAUUUCAUUCGAACCUCGAGCAAGCGAACACUUGGAGAAGAAACAUUCCAAAGGGAGAUCAUGUGUGGCAUUUUGAACGCUCAGGAGGGUGAUUAUUUGCUAUGGUACAUUGAGCGGACCGUUUCCAAAAUCUACAUUCCUGUCCUACUCUCUUCGUGCAUGGGCGACAAGGGAUGCAAGGAACUCCUCGUGAAGGUUAAAAAGGAGCUCCUUCCAUGCCUGAGGUCGUUCACGUCGUCGUUACGCGUGGCUGAACUGGUUUGGAAAGAAGGUACCCUCAUCAGGGAUUACCCACCCGAGGCGUACAAGAUCAAAAACCUGGAUGAUGUAUGGGAGUACCUCAAAACCGAGAACGCCGUCCAGCAUUUCGAGUCCUACAUACGAGGAUGGAUGAAGCAGAUCCAAGAACUCCUCCUGGAAAGCGAGCAACUUCGCCUGGAAACCGACGAUGCCGGCCCUCAGGACGAAUUGGAAUAUUGGAAAGCGCGUGGGGCGAAAUUAACACUGUUGGUGGAUCAGAUCAACACACCACCAGCUCGAAUGACUUUGGUCACCCUGAGAGCGGCACAAUCCAAGAUCUUGAAAGUGUGGAAUAACAUCGACCGCAGGAUUACCAAAUAUCAUGUGGAGGCUGCGGAUAACGCCAAGUUUUUGGGUGCGAUUGAAAAGUCGAGUCAUUCGAUUUAUUUAGAGGAUCCCGCUCACAUGAAGGAGUCUUUGAUGAGAGUCAUUCAAAUUGUGAAAAUGAUCUACAAUGUCUCACAUCACUACAACACUCCAGAGAGAGUGGCCUCACUUUUGGUCAAGAUCACUAACCAGGUUAUCAGGACAUGCAAACGAUACAUCACCGAGGGGGGUCGAAAAACCAUUUGGAACCAAGAUCGAUUGAGGGUUGAAGAGAAAUUGAUGCAAUGCAUCAAGUUGAAUCAAGGCUACAAGGACGCCUACUCUCGAGUGAAGAACAAAAAGGUGGCCAAAGAGAUCCGAGAGUUCAGUUUCAGCGAGAAAUACAUCUUUGGGCGCUUUGACUCAUUUUGCACUCGUUUGCGAAACCUCCUGAGCAUGUUCAAGAAGAUCAACCUCUACACGCGACUUUUUGACGAACGAAUGGAGGCACUUCUCCCCGAAGAGACCUUGGAAGACGAUUUCAAGACCUUUGAUUCGGCCGUGAGGGUGCUGACCUUGCGUGACUACGAUUACUUGGACUUUCGCAACGAAGCCUUCGACAAAGAUUACGUGGAGUUCCUUACACGAAUGGAAACAGUCACGGAAAAGCUUCAACACAAGUUGGAAACCACCUAUGACGGUGUUUGGGACACGCCUCAUUCCUUCCAAUACUUGCCCAGAUUUGAGAAACUCUCCGAAGACAUUCCCGUGGGCGUAUUGGCCGAUAAAUACAUGCGAAUGAUCAACACCUUCAGCAUGGAAAUGGAUCGGAUUUCCAACACCUGA